CCCCUAGGCACUCCCAUCCCAGCCACUCCACCACUCCGCCCGCACUCCGCGCGGUUGCGCGAGUGAGGUGAGGUGAGGAGCGAGUUGCGAGCCGAGCGCUCCACGGACUGGUUGAGGUAGAGAAGUGCUGAGCGCGCACCGCGCGCCCCGCCCCGCCUCGUUGUGCGCUUUGUGCGCGCCGGGCGAGUUGUGGUGGAAGGUUACGCCCAACGACGGGUUACGUUUCGCACGGAUUCGCCAUGAGUGUCAUCAAACAUCGCGACUACAUUCUAGAGGCCAUCGACCAGCUACGCCGGCGCAAGGCGAGACCUGACAGGGAGCGUAUUUGCAGUUACGUCGGGCGCAAGGUUGGUGUGGACAACCGCUCCCUCAUCGCCGAUCUGGAGAGACUGGUUGACGAGCAGGUCGUCAUCAAAGUUGAGUACAAGGGAAACAUUAGCUACCGCAACGCGGCCAAGUGGUCCAAGCUGUCAGUGCACAAGAGCCGCAUCGAGGUGGAGCUCAGCGACCUGAACAAGCUCGAGUCCAUGCAGGACGAGAACGAACGCAUGAGCUACGUGCUGCGCUGCGCGAUCACCGAGCUCGUGUGCCGCGAUCCGAACUACCUCGUACACGGCGUGCCAGUGUUCGAGCUUGAGCAGCAUCUCAAGACCAAGGACAGUGAGUUCUUCGCCCGCAUCUCCUUCAACGUGCUCCUGAGCCGCGAGGCCAAGGCCGGCACAGUUGUCAAGCUUGAGAACGGCAACUACUUGCUCGGGCCGCGCGGCGCUCGGGCCUCGGGUUCGUGGUCAGGCUCGGGGUCCGGUAUCUCGGCCAGCGAAGCGGAGAUGUCUAACGACGACCUCGACGACUCGGCCCUGUUCGACGACAUGGUCGCCGAUGGCGAUGACUCCCCCGUCAAGUCGCCGCCGCGAGCCGCGCAGCCGCUGCCACCGCUGCCGCCGCUCGUGCCGGCGCCGGCGCUUCUCAGGCAGAUGCAGCAAAGUGAAGAGGACGGCGACGUCGUCAUGAACGGCGGCGAUGCGACGCCCCCGACACCGAAGUCGCAGUCCCCAGACCCGGAGCAGGACAUCGAGAUGGUGGAGGAGGACGUGGAUCAGGCCCCAGAGCGUGAACUGGAGCCUGAGCCCGACCCUGAACCUCAGCCUGACCCCGCACCAGAACCUGACCCUGAGCCGGACCCGGCUAUGAACCACAAGGAACAGGAGGAAAGCACUGGGUACCGACUCGGCGAACGACGGAAGAGAGCCAAAAAGAAGGUGUUUGACCCAUCUGACAACAAUUUGCCCAAGGCAAAACGAAGAGGGCGUCAACCUCCUGUACUUGAAAAAGUUGUGAAGACCCCAACAGUGACACAGCCACAGCCAGCCUCUGUACACUCAUCACCAUCCAAUUCAACUAAUAGUCAAACUGUUAACCGUGCGACCAGUGGACCAUCUGUCAAUCGAGCAUCAAAUGCAUCUAACGCUCAGCGUACACCAAAUGGCUCAUCUCAUCGCUCUUCAAAUGGAUCCACAGCUCAUGAUAGCAACACCAAAGAUGUCAAGCCACCAUUACCAUCUGGGAAUAAACUAAAUGCUAUUGGGACAGGAUCUGUAGCUGUGUGUGCUAUUUGUAUCAGUGCCAUUGUGGAUGGCAAAGCUAUUCAGUGCAAAGAUUGCACUCAGAAAGCCCACUUUUCAUGUCUCAUUCGAGGAAAUAGAGCAAGGUUUCGUCCAAACACUUGGCAAUGCAUGAUGUGCAAAACUUGCCAAAUUUGUGCCAUGACAGAGGAUGUUGGCACCAUUGUUGUUUGUUCAAAUUGUGAUGAAGGCUAUCAUGUUAAAUGCCAUACUCCAAAACCAAAAAUUCCAUGGAAAAAGUGGGUUUGUUGCCGAUGUUCUCCUGAGCCAAAACAGACCACUCCAG